AUGGAAGGAACUUCAAGGUACAAUUCACUCGAAUAUAUAAAAUAAAUUGUUUUAUAAUAUAGAAAAGUUAAUUGUUUCAACAGAAUUUAAAUAUGCAUUUUUGAUGUUGAAUAUAAAUAACCCUUUAUAAAUAUUCAUGUUGAAUGAUGAAUGAAUGAUUUUCUGGACAGGGUGUGCGAGCAGUGUGACAAGGAAGACUCAAGCCUUUACUGUUGUGAAUGUGAACUUAACUACUGCGAAUCGUGCAGUACACGAUUUCAUUCAAAGGUUGGUGACUUCGUGCCAAUAUAUUGGAGUGAGUCAAUGCCAUAUUUAUCAAGCAUAUAAAUGUUAAUACAAUUUAAUUGGCACACUUUUUACACUUUGUUGUGUAGGGUAAUUUAAAGACCCACAAGAUAAGAAGGGCAACCUUUGUUUGCCAAGACUGUGAAGAAGUGAAUGCUAACCACCAAUGUGAAGUUUGCGACAUGAGUAAGUAUAUUUUAAUAUUUAUAUAUUUUAAUAUAUAUUAUUGAAGUAUGGGUUGAAAUCAAGAACAGAGAAUUUUAUAUUUUUAUAUAUAUUAAAAGGCAGGCCCUUGAAUUAUAACUCUUCAAUUUGUAUAAUAUAAAUCUUUUGGUUACUGUCAAUCUCAGAUAUUACAUGCACAUGUAUUAAUAAAAGAACACUGUCAAUGAAUGCUGACAAGUGUGCUGUAUAUUUUUACUGAAGUUCCCUUUUGAGUAUCUUUUUGGAUAAAGUUUUCCCACUUUAACAAUAAAAAUAAAUGCUGUUCUGUUUUAAAGAUUUUUGUGAAUCCUGUUGGGAUAGAUGGCAUAGCAAAGGAACACUAAAGAAUCAUCUUAAAAAACAAAUAGACACAGAACACAGAAAUAUUGAGAAAUCUACUAUGGAAUAUAGUGAAAAUUUGGUGAGAAAUCUUUAGUCGACAGUUGUUUUGGAAGAAGCAUGCAUAUUGUCUCAAAUGUUUUAAUAAACGAUUUUAUCACCUCUGUUUUCCAGGACACACCAUCAAUUCCACCAGCACUCAAGAAUACUAAGCUUGGCUUCAUUGCCUAUCCCAAAGGGAAAAGAGCGACAUACUACAUGCAAAUAUUUCCUGACGCACACAAAAAGAUGAGAAUUAGAGGAGAAAGUGAUGAAGAUUUUCGGAAAAAAUUUACCGCAGAGCGAUCGAGACAAUUUGAUAUCUGUGAAGCAACAGAAAACCUAAUGAAUGUGAAGGUGCCUAGUUUGUCUGAAAGAUAUCGCAUUUAUACAGAUGAAAAUUACUCAGUGAAACCAAAAGACGGUAGGAUUUUAAACCACGCCAUAGAAGAACAUACUCGGUUGCUCAAAAAAGUGGAAGAAAAAUUAGAACAAGUAAAAAACCAUGAUAUUGCAUUGUUUAACUCCAAAGGCAGUAAAUUAAAAGAAGGAAACGAGUUCCAACAUGCUUUCAACACAAGUCAGAUCCAAAGCCUGGAAAACUUAAAAACUACUGUGAAUAAAAAUAAGGGGACAUUGGAGAAUAAGCUCAGUGACUUUAAACGAAUAUUUAAAGGCAUUCAUUAUAUCUUUAUUUCACAGGCUAAAAAGAAGAAAAAAACAUUAAAAAGGCAAACAAAAGAAAGCAACAACGCUUUGAUAAAAAUAUGGCCAGGAUUUAUAAGAAAUGUGUUGUAA